AUGUUGGGAUAUCAAGGUGUACACCACGGCAUUCAAGCUAUCAGCUCGCCGAUCGAGUGGGAGCUCUUCAGCAAAGCCAGCGACUCUUUCUUCCCUAUACUACCAAGUUAUACGGGUAAGCCUUUCACGCGCGACGACUGGGACGUCAUAUUUGGCCCAUACGAAGCCGUGACCGACAUGGCAUCAUUUUUUGCCACACAACUUAUCGAGGCCUACCCUGAGACAAAGAUCAUUCUGGUGGAGCGCGACAUCGAGGGGUGGUACAAGAGUAUGGAAGAGGCUAUCUUCAGCACAACGUGGGGACUGCGCGCAGAUUUGAUCAUCAACGUGCUUGGUCCGCUUUAUGGUCUCAACGGCGGUAGGGCGAUUCGCAAGAUUAUGCUGGGGUACUACGGUGUCAAGAAUGUGGAUGAAAUGCGUCGCGUUGCUAAAGAUCGGUACAGGCGGCACUAUGCUGAAGUUAGAGCUGCGGUCCCUCCGGAGCGCCUCCUCGAGUUUCGCUUGGAGGAUGGCUGGGAGCCGCUGUGUGGAUUUCUCGGUCGUGAGGUUCCCAGAGAACCCUUCCCGACGAAGAACAAGAGAGCUGAGCACGUAGAGAGAGUGAGGCAAAAGCAGAAUUUUUUCUUCAAACACGUCGCGAAGAGAUUUGCGAAGAAUGCUGUGCUCGGUGCUUUUGCUGUCGGAGCUCUCAGUCUAGUAUUCCAGAAAUACAGAUCAAUGCCGCAUAAAUAA